CAUUUUAUUCGAUUAGUAUUAGUUUAUCCGUUUGGGUGCGUUGUAUACUGUACUCACAAAUAUUUUUAAUAUUUUGAUUAAAAUUCAACAAAAAUAAGUUGAAAUGGCGACGCCACCACGGGAAACUAUUCAGAAACAAAUUCAGCAAGACUGGGCCAACAGAGAAUACAUCGAAGUCAUUACGGGGAGCAUAAAAAAGAUAACAGACUUCCUUAAUUCCUUCGAUAUGUCUUGCAGAUCACGCCUAGCUACGUUAAACGAGAAAUUGACAUCUCUAGAGAGGAAAAUCGACUACUUGGAGGCCUGCGUCACAAAAGGGGAAACAUUAACAUAAUAGUACUUUAGGUAUAAUACUAGUGUAAGCUAACUCAUAACUAAAUGUCACAGUGUAAUCCUUAGUUAAGAUAUGUAGAACCUCAAAAUUAGAUGUUUUUUAAAUAAUUUUUGCAUAAAAAAAAAACUGUAUUAAAUACUAAUGUGAAGCUGGUUGAUACAUAGUUUGGUAUAGAUAUGUUCAUAAUUUACUUUCACUGUUAAAUUAUAAAAAAAAAAUCUUAAUUUAUUAUGACACUGACUUAAUAUUAUAAACAUAAGAGUAUUUUAAAACUUGCAUUUAAGUUUGCAAUUAUAUAAAUAAUUUAUGAAUUAUAUAAUAAAUAAUUCAGCCUAUAUACGUCCCACUGCUGGGCACAGGCCUCCUCUCAUGUGCGAGAGGGCUCGGGCUAGAAUUAUGUAAUGAAUAAUACAUUUUUGUAUAGCAACUGUGAUUCUUGAAGGAAACCAAAUGUUAUAGUUAAUUUACAAAAACAUUGUAUAUAUAUAUAUAUAUAUAUAUAUAUAUAUUUUUUUUAAAGUAAUUAAAUGUUGCAUAUACCGUUGUU